AUGACGAGCGGGCGGCGCGACGUGCUGCCGCCGUCGGGCGUGUGCCUGUGGGGCGCGCAGAUCCUCACCGCUCUCGAGAGCCUGCACAACGCCGGCGUGUGGCCAGCGAGCGGGCGGCGCGACGUGCUGCCGCCGUCGGGCGUGUGCCUGUGGGGCGCGCAGAUCCUCACCGUUCUCGAGAGCCUGCACAACGCCGGCGUGUGGCCAGCGAGCGGGCGGCGCGACGUGCUGCCGCCGUCGGGCGUGUGCCUGUGGGGCGCGCAGAUCCUCACCGCUCUCGAGAGCCUGCACAACGCCGGCGUGUGGCCAGCGAGCGGGCGGCGCGACGUGCUGCCGCCGUCGGGCGUGUGCCUGUGGGGCGCGCAGAUCCUCACCGCUCUCGAGAGCCUGCACAACGCCGGCGUCGCAGUGGCCACUGCCCUUCGGCAGGUGUGGCCAGCGAGCGGGCGGCGCGACGUGCUGCCGCCGUCGGGCGUGUGCCUGUGGGGCGCGCAGAUCCUCACCGCUCUCGAGAGCCUGCACAACGCCGGCGUCAUCUGCAGGGACCUGAACCCGUCGAACAUCCUGCUGGGCGAGCGCGGGCAGGUGAUCCUCACGUACUGCGUGGGCUACCCGACGCGCGACGUGUGGCGGGCGCGGUGCGCGCGGCCGGGGGCGGCGCAUUCGCUCGCGGCGCCGGAGCUGCGCGCGCGGCCGCUGGACGCCGACGAGGCGCUGGAGCGCGCGGCCGACUUCUGGAGCUUCGGCGCCAUCAUGUACGAGCUCAUCUGCGGAUAUCCGCUGUGGGAGGCGCACCCGCACGUGUGGAGCCACGCCGCCGUGUCGCUGCCCGACGGCAUCGCGCUGGAGGCCGGCUCGCUGCUCACACAGUUACUGACUUACGAGCCAUCGGAGCGUCUGGGCGCCGGCGCGGGCGGGGUCGACGACAUCAAGCAGCACCCGUACUUCCGACACAUCGACUGGCAGCAAGUGUACGACUCGUGGAUAGUGCCCGACUGAACCACCACACCACUGCUGAGCGUUGUACACAGAAAUCACAUCCGAUGCGAGAUCCGGCUCGAAGGACCAAUUCGUAAGGGCCAAGCUUAUUAAAACUGCUUAACUUUGUUUUAUGAAACGUAUGUAAUUUAAAUGGUUAUAUGACGUUUGCUGUCAUCACAUACGUUUCGUUUCUGCCCUUUAUAUGUAAGGCACAGAUGACAAAAUAAGUUAAACUGCGCCUCGCCGGCUAUCCCACUUCUGAGACAGGUUUCAGAGCGAGAGUGACAUUGUUAUGUAUUUAUUUUAUUAAAUAACUAUACCACGAGUCUACGAUUUAUGUAUCAAGCACAACUGAAUCAAAACAUGUCAAUAAUGAGCUCUCCUCCCAAUAUACAGAGAAUGUUACUAUAACGUACAAAAUUGAAGAGGCAUUUUAAAAUGACAAAUAUAAGUUAACUGAUAUAAAAGUGAAUAUAUUAAGGAGAUGGCCGAAAUUGGGCCCACUUUUAGAACGAUACAGAAAUGAAACAUGUACUAAAAAUAUUGCAUAUUUUACUAGAUUACUCCAUUAGAAUCUUAGCCGAAAUAAUAAUGGCUGAUUUAAUUGUUUUCACACCGAUCCAUUUUUGUAAAUGCAUAUCGUAUAGUGUUUUACGGAUAGCAUGGGUACGGUGACAGUUCGUUUCACUCUUGAAAGUUUGCCGAUUCACGACAAUAGUACGUAUUAGGAACGUCAUAAGGCAACUGUCACCGUACCCAUGCUAUCUGAAAAACACUUUAGUGAUUUAUAAAUCAUCUUUGAUUUCUAAUUCAUUGAUUGUUUUUGCAAACGCUAGUUGUCAAUGCCAAAGUCGAUCAAUGAAUGAAAUGUCAUUGUCAAAUAUCAUUAUUAUCAUACUCGUAAAUUAGCAGCAAGCAAAAAUUGAAUUAAAUUAUCAUAAUUUAAUUAAAUGUCAAAUCCUUAUUGAAAUUUUAUGUCAAAGGGAUACGAAUUAUUGCCCACCUGUACAAGUAAUUGAACUGAUUAGGCAAAAAUAGUUUUCAUUGAAAACUGGCCACAUGAGAUCUUCUUAAUUGUCCUAAUUUAUGGCAAAUUUUCAGCUCUGUAUCAAUCGUAUAAUUUGGGCCGGAGUUUGUAUGGAGACUGGGUUUCUCCUUUGAAUUAUCUUAUAAUCUCUAAUAUUCAAUUUAAUUUUAUUGCCUCAUUAGUACAAAGUCCUGUCCUAGGCGUCAAAUUUGGUUCAUCUCCUUCGUAACAUUCCAUGUAUUACAUUACAAUACGAAAAGUAUAAAAUAUUGGAUAAGAAUAGAAUUUGUUUGUCGAGCUACAACAUCGUGAUAGUCGAUAAACUGAACUUGUAUGAUCUCAUUUUAAUUUCAUUCUGCCCGGAUUUGUUUUUUUUACUGAAUUAGAGAGUAUUGUAAAUUGUUAUUUGUGAGAAAAAUGUCGUAAAAAUAAUUUAUUCUUAGAUUUAUACUUUGAUAUCACAAAUUAAAUGUAAUCAGUAUUAAUAGACACCACAUAAAAUUAAAAUAGUAUGUAGGCAUAAAAGUUUUAUAUACGAAGUAGGUUAAUUGAUUAGUAUUGAACCGAAUUAUUAUAUUAUCGUUUCGUUCGUUUGAACUGUCGUAAGAUAUGUGUAAUAACUACAUAUAUAUACAGAAUAAACUGGUUUGACAUAUACUAGAAGGUGCAACUCAUGGUUAAAGUUAUAAAUUAAAAUUCCACGCAAGUGUCAACCGCUUACAAUAAUAUAUUCAUUGUUAAAUUUAAUGUAGCAGUUUAUAAAUAAAUUGAUUUGAUUGUACUUAUAUUUGUAAAUGAAUGAUGAGUGCUCAAUUUUCUAGUCCAUGUUAUUUUAAAAUAUUUACAUAAUUAAUAAAUUACAGUAAAAUUUGGGUAAAUUUGCUUUACUUUGACAAUCAAAAGCAAAACUAUCCAAAAAAUGUGACAAAUUGUAAAUUCAAUUUUAUUUAAGUACAAAACUAAUGUAGCAAACCUAUUAUAUUUUUAUGUAGCAAAUUCAGUAUUAAUAUCAAAAUAAAUAUUUAGUUUAGCCAGAAAUAAAAUAUUUAAAUUCCGCCGAAGGACUACAGAAUUACAGAUCUGAUUUCAUAAAAUAAAUAUUAAUGAAUUCUAUUUCGUUGACAAGUUUACCUUUUGAAUUUACUGUUAUUGUGCAAGAUGCUAAAAAAAUUAACUGUAAUAUUUCAAAAAAAUAAACAAUAGCUUCCUCUAUUAAGAAAGUUGAAAAAUAUAAUGCAGCUAAAAAUUGUAACAAUAGGUUACUUGUAAUAAUGACAUUUAUAUAUUAUUAUCAUUGAAAUAUGCUAACUUUUGUAAAAAAUGAACACUAAGCUUUCUGUUUCUGUUCUAAAGAAAAAGUUUAAAUGUAAAAAAAAUCAUAUCAAAAAUGAUUUAAUUAUUUUCUAAAAGCAUUCCUUACUAGAUGACUUGUCAUGUAUCAGAUAAUAUUUAAUUAAAAUCACAUGAGAAAUAUAGGCUGUUACUGCGGAAUCUUAGUAUUUAGUAAUUUGGUAGAUAUUUUUAUACGAACGGCUACAAAUGGUAAUAUUGUAUGUAUUAUGGCGUGUGUUAUGAAUUACCUGUUUAGUAAUAAAAAAUAUAUAUAAAAGU